GGGGCGGGGCUCUGGCUCUGGGCCGGCCGCGGGAGGGGCUGGAGAAGAGGCGGCCGGCAGAGCCCCGCCGCCGGUCGCGCUGCCUCCGAGAGAGCCGGGGGAGGAAGCGAGGCGCCUCCUCUUGUCCCUCCGGGUCACCCCCCUUCCCCAGCCCCUUCUUCCUGGUCCCCGCUAAGAGGUCCGUAACGGCUGCGAAGGGGCCGGCGGCGGCCAAUGCGAAAUUGGUUGGUCCUUCUGUGCCCGUGUGUGGUCGGGGUCGUGCUGCACCUCUGGCUGCUCCUCCUCAGCUGCCCGGCGAGUGGCCCCGGGAAGCAGCACCCGGCAGGUCUACUGGCUUUCUUUCCUCAUUGGAAACCGAAACAUUAUGAUGUCAUCGUAGGGGUACUGUCUGCACGACAUAAUGAUGGGUUGCGGAAUGCUAUAAGGAACACUUGGUUCAGGCAUUUGAAGCAGCAUCCAGGACUGAGCCAACGUGUCCUUGUGAAGUUUAUAAUUGGUGCACAUGGAUGUGAUGUGCCAGUAGAAGAUAGAGAAGAUCCUUAUUCAUGCAGACUUCUGAACAUCACUAACCCAGUUCUGAAUCAAGAAGUUGAAGCAUUCAAUUUGCCAGAGGAUGACACUUCAGCGCUCUUGGAAGAUAGAGUUGUCAGUGUGCAUUUCAAAGUCCUUUACCCGAUUGUCAUCACCAGUCUUGGGGUGUUCUACGAUGCUGAGGGUGUAGGAUUCCAGAGAAACAUAACAGUGAAACUAUACCAGGCAGAGCAGGAGGAGGCUCUCUUCAGUGCUCGCUUUAGUCCAGCUAGCUGUGGAGUGCAAGUAAACAGACUCUGGUAUAAACCUGUAGAACAGUUCAUUCUGCCUGAGAGUUUUGAAGGCACUAUUGUGUGGGAAAGCCAGGAUCUACAAGGUCUAGUUUCUAGAAAUCUUCACAAAGUGAUGGUGAAUGAUGGCGGAGGUGUCUUCAGAAUCACUACGGCAGGGGAAGGGUCAUUGCCACAUGAAUUUACACAAGGCGUGGAAGGGAUUGCUGGAGGCUUUAUUUACACAAUUCAAGAGGGAGAGGCACUCCUAAAAAGCCUACAGAGUCGCCCUGAAAGAUUCACGCAUCAUAUAAAUAAACUUGAAGAGGAAGAUGCCUUAUUGAAAGUAGAAAGCAACACUUAUGAUGAUAUUGUUUUUGUUGAUGUAAUUGAUACAUACAGAAAUGUUCCAGCCAAAUUACUGAACUUCUAUCGAUGGACGGUAGAAGCAGCCAGUUUCAACGUAUUGCUGAAGACAGAUGAUGACUGCUACAUAGAUUUGGAGGCUGUGUUCAACAGAAUAAAGCUUAAAAACUUAGGCAGACCAAAUACUUGGUGGGGAAAUUUCAGAUUAAAUUGGGCUGUCGACCGCACUGGGAAGUGGCAAGAGCUAGAGUAUCCAAGUCCUGCAUACCCAGCCUUUGCUUGUGGAUCUGGUUAUGUAAUUUCCAAAGACAUUGUAGAAUGGCUUGCAAGAAACUCAGAGAGAUUAAAGAUAUAUCAGGGUGAAGAUGUGAGUAUGGGUAUUUGGAUGGCAGCCAUUGGGCCAAAACGCUAUCAGGACAAUCUCUGGUUGUGUGAGAAGACAUGUGAGAGUGGUAUGUUGUCCUCUCCGCAGUAUUCUCCAGAGGAACUUGCAGAGCUCUGGAAAGUCAAGGAACGUUGUGGAGAUCCCUGCAAAUGUGAUGAAAGAUGAACACUGGCCAACAGCAUGAGGAAACUGUAGUUUUCAGUGAUAACAGGAAAGGCUCUCAGUGGUUUCUGAAAAGAAUUUCCUUUCAUAAGACACAACAUCAGUCUCCUGUGUAGUUUGUCACUUGUGACAAAUAUUAAGUGUGGGUAAGUGGCAGUUGUGUGUAUGUCCCCCCCCCCCCGCCCCCAGGUUACAUGGAAAAAGAGGAAAUAUGUUUGCUGUGGGUGCCAAACUAUACAUGGAAUUCACUUAUUCUCACAGGCGGAUUUGUUUUGUGUCAAAUGGCCCUUUAACAAUGCUUUUUGUACAUCUUUUCUUUUGUAAAGGGAGCCUUUCGAUUUCCAUAUUCCCUCUAGGAGUUUUACAAAGCUAAAUGUGAAGUAAAGCAAUUUUCUUUAUUAGCAAAUGACAGAUGUAGAUAAGCUUCACCUCUCAUGCAUUAAUAUGCAAAAAGAACAAGGAUUUAAGUCUAGCCUUAGGAAUGUAAGUGUACUACUGUAAAAAUAAGUAUGUAAUGAGGCCCACACUACUGUGCCAAUGCAGGAGGGAAGCAUAAGUUAGUGUGCCAGUAUUCCACUUAUGGGCACUAUAUAUUCUACCACUUGCUAAAGAACGAUGGUGAAUGCUGCAGUAAUUCUGCAUUUCUUCAUUCCUUGCACCGGUGGAUGAAGGAAUCAGGGUAGCAGGUCCUUUCUCCCAUGUGGUGGUGUGACUAUGGAGCACUCAGGCAGCGAUCCCAUACCCCACUGAGCGGGUGGGGGGCAGGCAUGGUGUAGGAUUGUGCUGUAAGUAGCUGUGUUUACUUAGUUGUGUUAUGCUUGCUAGUAAUGCAGUGCCCUCAGGCCAGGUGGACAAUGAGAAUACCUCAGUUUUUAAUUCUCUAGAUCUUAUGAUUAUAUCUAUAAUAAUGAGAGUAGCAUUUAUUAUAGUCCCAUCCACUUCUAAAAGUUAGCAGCGUAGCACAAACCAUGGGUUAAAUGCAUUUCCAUUAAGUUGGCUAAAGCUUACCUUUUCUCAAUGAGGCAUGGCACUGUUUUUAAAGAGAAAUUUAUUAACAAAGUACACCUGGUAAUUUGUCUAGUAAAUAAGCGUUCCACUUUUCAUAUCAAGGUUCUUCCAGAAAAUAGUUUUUAAAAAAUCAACAUAUGACGUGUUAGAGGCUUUGCUAGCAGCAUACAACUGUUUAUUGAAAGAUGUGAAGGCAGCAGUUACCAUCGGACUAGAAUGGAGUCUUCAUUUUCAAUAGAGUAAAACUGCAAUGGCUUUAGGUCAUUGUCUAGUUCAAAUUCCUUGCCUUUCAUCUAGGAUAAGAAAAGAUCCAGAUAUUAGACUAUUUUAUUCUUGCAUAACUUUUU